UCCAUAACAAUUAAAAAGGUUGAAGCAGAACCUUAGGCAAUUUUCAAAACCUUGCAUUUUUUGGUGUGAUUUUGGUUUAUUUGAGCCCAGAAAAAAAUCGUUCAACAAUAUCAAAGCAGAAAACAAGCAACAAAUCCUUUGGCAAACAAAAAUCUACACUUUUCUGAGAUUCUGGACGCAUGGCAAAAAUCUCCAUAAAACCCUAACAACUCAAUUAUCACAAUUCACACAUCUUUCAAUCGAACAAAGCAAAAAGCAAAGUGGUCGCCUUCAUCAUCAUCUUUACCUUUAACUUUUGCUUACUCUACCAUAUGCCCAAACCCAAUGCUUCUUUUUUUUUUUUUCAGAACCAUGUUCCUCCUUUUUCGCACCGUAUAAGAAACCUAAAAACCCAAACCCUUCAAUUCCAGUUUCCAAUUUUCACUCCCACAAACAAAUUUUCAAUCAAACCAAAACACACAGAAAUGGAGAUAUUAUCACAAAUGUGGUCUCUGUUAGGGUUACUUACCGUUCUCCAGAACGUUCUUCCAUCACAGCUUCUCUCGUUGCUUCAUUCACUAUACGAAUCUCUUCAAGAUCUACUUUCUCCGUACUCGUAUUUCGAGAUUCCGGAGUUCAACGGCUACUGCGGCGUCGACCUCAACGACCUCUACCGCCACGCGCACCUCUACCUCAACGCCUCGAACCACGCCCCCGCCACCGCGUGCCGCCGAUUAACUCUCUCCCGAUCGCCGUCUUCGAACCGCAUUUCCUUCGCCGUCGCGCCGAACCACACCGUCCACGACGCCUUCCGCGGCCACCGCGUGGCGUGGACGCACCACGUGGAGACAGCUCAGGACUCGCUGGAGGAAAGGCGCAGCUUCACGCUCCGCCUGCCGAAGCGCCACCGCCACGCGCUCCUCUCGCCCUACCUCGCGCACGUGACCUCACGCGCCGAGGAGUUCGAGCGCGUCUCGCGCGAGCGGAGGCUCUUCACCAACAACACCACCUCUUCGGGCUCGUUCGAAUCGGGUUGGGUCUCCGUCCCCUUCCGUCACCCUUCAACCUUCGAAACCCUAGCAAUGGAGCCAGAACUCAAGAAAAACAUAAAAAACGACUUAACGGCGUUUGCAGAGGGUAAAGAGUUUUAUAAGCGCGUGGGCCGGGCCUGGAAGCGUGGGUAUUUACUCCACGGCCCACCGGGCUCGGGUAAAUCGAGCUUAAUAGCGGCAAUGGCGAAUUUUCUCUGUUACGACGUUUACGACUUGGAACUAACCAAAGUCUCUGAUAACUCCGAGUUACGCUCAUUACUGAUCCAAACGACGAACCGUUCAAUUAUAGUGAUUGAAGACAUUGACUGUUCCGUUGACUUGACGGCGGAUCGAACGGUUAAGAAAACGCAGGCUGGGAAGCUGUCGUUGAGGAGUAGUAAUAAGAAGACGACGACGUCGUCGUCGUUUACGCGCUGUGAGGAGAGUGGGCGCGUCACGCUUUCGGGGCUUUUGAAUUUCACCGAUGGGUUGUGGAGUUGUUGCGGCGAAGAGAGGAUUGUGGUGUUUACGACAAACCACAGGGAUAGUGUGGACCCCGCGCUCGUGCGCUGUGGCCGCAUGGACGUCCAUGUUAGCCUUGCCACGUGUGGGGCCCAUGCGUUCCGCGAGCUCGCGCGGAACUACCUCGGCUUGGAGUCGCACGUGCUGUUCCAGGCGGUGGAGGGGUGCAUCCGCGGCGGUGGGGCCCUCACGCCGGCGCAGGUGGGAGAGAUUUUGCUGCGGAAUAGAGGGGAUGCUGACGUCGCCAUGAGGGAGGUGCUGGCGGCGAUGCAGGGGAGGAUGUUGGCCGUCGCCGCCGCCGCCAAUGACCAGGCAGAGAAUGAGGAGGCGGUUGGAGUUAGGUCGCCGGAGAGCGUGCUGCUGAUGGGGUCGCCGGAGAAUUGGGAUGCGUUCAGUGGGAAGAAGAGGAAGGAGCAGCAUGGGUGUAACAAUUUGGAUAAGAAAGUCAAGUUUUUCGUUAGGUUAAGGUCGUUGACCAGAUCUGAUCCUGGUAGAUAAAUUUGUUUUUUUUUUUAGAAAGAAAAAAAAAAGAGGCAAAAUUUGGAUGAAUGUAGCUUUGUUAAGUGUUUUGUGAUUAGUGUUUUUUUUUUUUUUUAAUUAUUGUUAAGCACUUUGUGGUGUUGAAGGACCUUGAUCGGGAAUGGCAACUAUUUUCGUGAGAA